AAUUUCAUUGAAACAGCAAGCGAGCUACACACGGCCGAAAUAAUGGCAGUACUCUCUUUAUGCUACAGUAGUCGAUGGCUAGGUAACAAAUGCAGUAGUUAGCUGGCGUGUUAACGUUUUUUUGUGCAUUAAUGAUCGCAUAUUUACUGUUAUGGAUUGUGCAUAACUCGCUAGCUACCCAAACGUAAGGCUUGUUUAAUAUCUAACGUUAACUAAUGUUAGUUUAUACAAAGUUAAUUUAUCUGGCUGGCUAGCUAGCUAACAUUCUGAUGCAGCUUGCUCACAUUAUAUGUUAACGAUCCCUUGCUAAGAUGGUUAGCUUAUUAAAAUAUCAACGGUACCGCUACUUGGUUAGAUAGCUACCUGUAACUACCAGGUAAAUUUAAGAGCACGUAGUUUCCGCUAGCUAUGAAUGGGUGUUUGACUGGCUGGAAGUUAAGCUAGCAAGUUACGAGAGGAUGUUGUGGUAAUGCCUAGCCAAGCUGAGCAACACUAGAAUGGAGUGCCCACCGACGAAGCGACUGAAAGGGCUAAAUUAUGGUGCUCCAUCCACUACUGAUUCAUUUGGUGAUGACGGGGACUUCACUCAAGAUGACCUGGAUGAGAUUGAUAUUAUUGCCUCUCAGGCAUUCACAGGGGAUGUGGGAGUGAAAGGUCCUAAAGAGACUUUUGGUGCAGUUUAUCCUCUUCCGGGUGCCCAGAGAAAACCUGUUCCAGAGGGUAGGAAAGCCUCUGCUUUGAGUGGAAGUAGCAACGCUGGCCAGAGUAACAUGGGCAGCAUUUAUCAACUUCCAACCGUUGAGGUUUUUGGGAAUGUACAGCAGCAAUUCAAGAAAAACAAAGAUGACCUGUCCUAUGGUAAUCUGGAAGCACAACAAGCUGAGCUAAAGAAAAAGUUGAAGGAAGUGGAGGAUAAGCUCCUGAUGAAAGAUGGGGAGAUCCGUGUCCUGCGUGACUCCAUUAGGCACGCCCAGCAGGAGAAGGAGCAAGAGAGACAGAGCCAGCUCCUCCAGGAGAAGGAGAGAGCUCACAUCCAGAGUGAGAAGGAGAAAGAGCUCUUGAAGAAGGUGAAAUCCUUGCAGUCAGAAUUGCACUUUAAAGAAGCAGAGAUGAAUGAAAUAAAGACCAAACUUCAGAACUCUGAACGGGGAAGUAAGCGUGUUGUAUCUUCUACUGCAAGAAAUAGCCCCAGGAGGUGUUCCCCGGCAGCACUGCAGCAGGAUGGGAGUGGGGGCAGUGGAGUCUCCCCUGGGGUCAGCCCAUUCCUCACCAAGGAGAGCUUUGCUGCUCAGCUGUCCAGCAGGGCUUCUCCAGCCACUGCUGACCGGGUCAGCCAUUUUGGGGCGGGUGGAAGACCUGUCAGUGAGGCCAACAACAGCGUCAGCAACGAUUCAAAAUUCCGGAAGCAGGAUUUCACCGGUCCUGACGCGUGCAGCUGUCAAGAGUGGAUUCUGCUGAACCUGCUGCUGCAGCACCCGCUGGACCCCAGCACCUUAGGCCUGAGCCACCUGCUGUGCCUCAGCCCAGAAACCCUGCCCGGCCUCCUAAUGCAGCACAGCUACCUCAGCCCGGGGUCUUCAGCGGGGUCCAGCGGCUCCUCAGAGCCCAAGGCUGUGCAGCAGCUGCAGAGCGGCUUCAGCCAGGCCCAGAGCCUCGCCAUGUCCGGGCUCAGCAUGCUGGCGCUCAGGCACCACACGCCCAGCGCCGGGGGCGAAGACGGGCAGGCCGCGAGCCAGAGGUGCCCAGGGGCGGUGCACCUCCUGCCCCUGCUGGAGCACCACGUGGGCCUGUUCUGCCAGGCGCUGGAGGCGGCGGACGGCCCCGGGAGGAGCCCGCUGAGGGGGAGCUCCGUGUCCGGCUCCUCCUCCGAGGGCAGUGUGGCCUCCAGCCUGGAGGAGUCUCUGGGAGGCCUGGAGGAGUUUGCCUUGGCAGCGCUGAGAGCGCUCUACCACCUGCUGUCCCACAGCACCCAGGCCGUGCACGCGCUGCUGUCCCAUCAUGCCCCGGGGCUGCCCGAGGCUGAUCGCGCCGCCGCCCGCCCGGCCUGCUCCCAGGCGCCCGCGGACCCACAGGGGGCGCCGUCCCAGCACCCCCUGCUCAGGAGGCUGCUCCAGCUGGCCGACCCGGCCUUCACCAGCCCCGCCUGCCAGAGGGAGAAGGUGCUGUCGGCCAGCCUGAUGGCGCUCAACGUGCUGGCGGAGAGAGCCGGAGACCAGCUGCGCUGCAGGAUGAAGCUGGUGGUGACAAGCCCGUUCGCAGCUCGGUGUCUGUCUCUGGACUCCUCCUACAGAACUGUGUCCCUCUCCGUCAGUCUCCUGGCUGUCGCCGCCAGUGAUGAGGAGGUGGCCUCUCUGCUGUGCUCACAUUUGGAACCGUGCCCUCUCCUCAAAAUGUUCCAGUACGUUACGACCCGCCCGGACAAGUCAGUCACAGAGAGCCAGUGGUCUCAUCUGGAGCUGGAGGUUACACGGUUCCUGACGAUGCUUUUUACUCAGAGAACGUCCACAUGGUUGGCUUUCAUUGAGUCCUCCUGUCAGUGCAACAAUGAGGUGGUAAGGACCCUGGUGGUGCUCCUGCACAGGCAGUGGCUGAAGGCGAGGAGGUGGGAGUACCAGGAGGGGCGGAGCCAAGCCUGGGCCGGCCCAGGGCUGCAGCUGCUGAGGGAGGCUAUGACACUGCUGCACUGGCUCCUGUUGAACGACGCCAGCUUCUCCGAGCACUGCCUGGACGUGCUGCACAUGUACGACCAGGUCUUCCCCGCCAUACGGGACACCUUCCGCAAGAUCCCCUGCCUGACCGAGAGCGAAGAAUUGGCACUAGAAGAAAUCAGUCGUCCUGAAGUAGAAGAUGCAGAAGAUAUGGAUAUUGACACUGGCUCUUGAUUGGCUGGUAUGCUGCUUUCCCAUUUUCAUAGAAUUUAUAGAUCACUUUUAAGAAAUGUCUGCGAAAAUAAAGAAAUGUGCUGUUGUUAAA